AUGAAUUCCAUAGGACAAACGACACAGUUACCUGAUUAUUCUUGUAGUGAAAAUGAUGUUUCUAUUCAGUUUAUAUUAUCUUCAUCAUCCCAUUCAGCAUGGAAUUCAACAUCAAAUUGCUCUUUACAACAAUGUAAUACAAGCUUGAAUGGUAACAAUAAUUGUCUUUCAUCAUCAACACCUUGUUUUGAUUAUCGAACAAUAAAUAAUAUUAGUUAUUGUGCACCUGGUAUUUUAUGUUCAAUAUUAGAAACAUGUGAUAAUAGUACACAAACAUGUUCAUCAAAUAAUUCAGUGUGCGUUAUUAAUUCAUGUUGUUCAUCACAAGCAGUAUGCUUACCAUUUUUAGCAACACAAAUGUGUAAAACAGGUACUAAUACAUAUACGCUUUAA